AUGAGUGCGGCCAACCUGGACGACCUGAUCGAAGCGGAAGCCAACAUCGAAGCUCAACUGCAAGCAGCAGCUCAAGCAGCAGAGACUCAAGCUGCACAAGCUGAAAUCCAAGCUGCGACCGACUUGCUCCUUGCUAUCUCUCCCGCAUCAUCCCCCAUCGCCUUUUUCGCUUCUCCGUCACCGCUCAGCAUCCCGCCUCCUCUUCCACCUCCCCAUCGAUCACCACCGAAGCUCAAGCUAAGGUCUUCGGGCGCUCUUCACCAAGCCAAGGCAAGGUACAAAAGGCCCAAGAACAGUAGGAAAACGACGCAGGGCGCAAACAUGAGCGACAGAGAGGAUGCAGAUGUGUUGAUGGAUAGUGCCAACGAGGAGGUCGACGAGUUGGAGAGUCCCAUUGGUUGGAAUCCCGAGCAAUACGAAAGACUCGAGGCCGAGUGCCUCCAAGAGCAGACGCAGCCUCUAAUGUCAGAGCAUGCUACCACGGCGAGGUCGACGCAGCUCGCUCAGUCAACACUGGCCACAACUCUUACACAACGCCAGGCUUCCAAGAGUCGGCAACGAUCUACCUCUUCUCAAGCUUCACAAUGUCAGUCGUCCAAGAGCCCAUUAGCGACCAGCGCACUCGAUCGAGGCGCCAGCCCGUUUGCCAGCGUCAACUCUCAGCCGCCCUGCACCGGCAACAUUCAUCCGAGAGAGCGCUCCACUUGCACUUUGAUCACCUCUCAUCGUGGCCAACCGAGUCCCGCAGGCAGCGCCAGCACCAUUCCAACAAGCAGCCAAGCAGGGCGAAAGCGAGCUGGCGGCUUGGUCAAGAUCACCGAAUCUAUCGAUCUCACCCGCGAGUCUCCCGAGCCUAGGGCUCCAUCGGCCAAAAGGCCUAAACAACAAGACAAGCCCAAAGAGGCGACACCAGCACUGAGCGAAAGGUGGCUGCAGGAACUCAUGGCGACCAGCCGUGGGCCUCGUCCUGAUUCUCCCGCGGCCGAGGAUCACGUCACUGAUCCUCGGCAACCGCAGUCAGGUACUGCUCAGAAUGGCAGCACUGAUAAGCGAACGUCUACUCGGAGCAGAACACAAGCCAGCAGCAGCAAAGAUGACGUCCCGCUCGCAACUCAACGCGCCAAACAGCGGGGGAACAAAGCAUCCGGGCUUAAGAAGGCGAUAGAAAAGGCCGAAGAAGCGGUUAAAGACAUGAAGAGGGCAUGCGAAGAAGUGGUCGGGGAGAUGGCAAUCAAGCUUUACGAGCGCGAUUUCGAGAUCGACAGCUUGCGAGCCAAGUUGAAGGCUCGGCCUGGGAAGAAGGGUGGUGCCGGGUAA